GGAUUCGUCCUCCUGAGUCUCGCAUUCUUCCUAGUCCUUAUACCCGUCCAACACAUCGCCCGAAUAGAGGCCGACCUGGUACGGCGGACUUGCUCCCUCCCCCCCUUGGCUCGUCCUCCUAGCUAUCCCGAGAUGCUCCGUGCAUAAAUUCGCUAAUGGGUCACGUUCAACUUGGUAGCAUCCGCGGUCGCCUAGCCUUGGAAUUUCUGCUCGAGAACAACUCCGGCGCAGAGGCUCCUUCUAGCCGGGGUGCUCUGACGCUGGACCCUGGAUAUGACAGAGAACGAUGGGCUAAUGAGGGUAUUCUGGCCGGCCGAUAUUGUAGUGUCUGAUUUUCCGGGCGUCAUUGUCGGUUGGAGGAACUCGAGCCUCGACGUCGUUGUCAUCGCUGUCUUAGACCACGUUGCUCCGUCAAAUGUCGAAAAUGCCUUGGCUACGGGUAUUCUACUGCGUAGUGCGCCCCACCCCGUUCCCCGAAUUUUUGAGCUAUGCGAGCAGUCCUCGAUGUAUGUUCUCGGUGUCACCAAUCGCGAACCCGACUUCGAGCUAGAUCCCUUAUGGGUACACGCCACCGUCGGCCGGUCAUGCCGGGUGCCCAAGGUUGCCUGCCCGACGGCAUCGAGCAUCCAGAUCAUCCAGUUCGAGAGGCCCAUCCCGCGGCGCAUGCAAUAUAUAUCCCUCAACCCUAUCGCGCUCUCUCUGGCCGACAAGGAGGAGGAGGCCUCGUACCACGCCUCCGACAGCUCUGAACCGGAGGACGAGAAAUGGGAACGGAAGAACAAGCAGAAGAAGCGCGCGCUAGUGGAGAAGUUGAAGCAGCACACGGUCGUCCGGCAUGCCCCGUCCCGGAAGGACGAGGCGCUCUCGAGGAUUGUGAACCAGAUCAACUGGGCGUGGGAACUGGAACACCUGCUACAGAAAAAUGUGACACUUAUUGGCGCCCGGCCGAAGCGAACGCUCAGUGUCUCCGAAAGAGUGGUGGAGCACGCUACUAACAUGCGAGACUACGUAGUCCUGUGGAUAUGGGACAUGAUCAUUAUCUACGCAUUCCCCGUGAUCCGCAAGGUCUUCAUCUUAAUUCUCCUCGGCCAUCGCUUCGCAGCCGAGGCGCUGCUGCUGAUACUGGAGUGGAGAGCCCGGCCGACUUCGCCUGCGCUCAAAGACGUGUCGGCGACAGCCCAGCAGGUGGAGAUACGCCUCCAGCAGUUUUGUUACUGGCCGAUGCAGUAUGUGAAGCUCCGGCUGCGAAAAAACGACUGGGACAGCGUAACUACCAGCCACCCCGACUAUAUUCGUUUUUACAAUAGUUUGUGGCUCGUCGCCAACGAUGUGAUCAUGGGCAUCGCCCUCGGCUCCUACAUCAUCGACAACGCCGACCGGGUCGCCGACACGAUCAAUAUGCUUCUAGAGACCUAUACUAUAGCGGCCCUGCAGAGCAGCAUAUCCUGGCUCAUGGGUUGGCCCGCGGGCCUGAAGCUGAACAGCGAACUAGCCCUGUUCCUGGGCGAUCUGUUCCUCUGGGUGAUUGAUUACUGGUCCAGCUGCAUCAGCACCCUGCAACCUCUGUUGCCGCACGUCAUCUGGUUUAUCGGCUUCUCGAGCUUUGGGGGUGCCAGCAUGCCCAUCGCCCUCUUCUCAGACCUCCUCUCGAUACUAACCAUCCAUAUAUACUCCUUUUAUAUGGCCUCGGCGCGCAUCUUCCAUUGGCAGCUGACCAUACUGCUUUCCCUCUUCCAAUUAUUCCGAGGCAAAAAGUACAACGUCCUGCGCAACCGUGUCGACGCGUGCGAUUACGAUCUCGAUCAACUCCUCGUCGGCACCAUUCUGUUUACCCUCCUCUUUUUCCUGCUCCCCACUGUGGUCGUCUUCUAUCUCAAUUUUGCGCUCGCGCGCAUGGCCAUUAUAUCUUUCAAGGCCGUUUUCGACACGAUGCUCUCCUGUUUGAACCAUUUCCCACUGUUCGCGCUGAUGUUACGGGCAAAGGACCCGAGACGUCUCCCAGGCGGCAUUCGUUUUGAACUUCGUGAUACCCCCGAUAGACUUAUUGAUUCCAAGUCACCCUCAUCCUCCCCUUCGCAGCCUACCUCUAUCAUCCAUGUCAAGCCGAUACCCCUCUCAUUCACCGCGAUGUUCCACCAAUACUUUCAGAUGGGCGGCCGCAUCCGCAAACAUUACCUGUCCUUUCGCGUGCUCUUCUGCCUCGUCACCGGUCGAUUCGUCCCACCGAUCCAUCGCAAAGCCCUGUACUCUCUGCAGUAUAGCAUGCUCCCCGCGCGCAGAGCCGGCAUCAUGGAGAUGUGGGAGGCACUCAACUCCCUACCGGCUAAGAAACGGCCGGUCAACAUAUUUCCUUACGGGCUCCCGGCGCGCGCGACGCUCAAUGGACGACGGAAUGCCAACGGGCACGCGGGGAAAGGCAUUUGAUCUGCACGGGCAUGGUGGGAAACGGCCCGGGGUCUUCAGAUCGGUGGCUCUGGGUAUAAUGGGCUUCUGAUAGAUUAUGGUAAUGAUUCGCGACCUACUGGUAGACGGGACGGAUGGACGACGGCCAGUGACUUCUCAGCAGCGUACGACGAGGAACGCGCCGCGAAGCGGAUCUUUUUUAUGAGAGACUACUCCACGAUACCUUGGUAUUUCUAGCACGUUCCGUCGGGACAACAGCUAGUCUGUGAUUACGACUCGUCCAUCUUCGCUUCCCCAGUGAUCCCCACAUGAUAGCUUCCCAGUCCCACGUAGGACGAUGCGUACGCUCAUCAGAGCAGAUGUGGCGCGUUGGGGUCGAAGAGUAUUAAUAUCUGGACAGUAUUCUGCUCUGGGGAAAAAAGGCAACGGUCGUGUUUCCCAGGGGGUGUUG